AUGAUGUUGCAUAGCGGUUUCCAUGCUAUUGAACGGAUUAUUCAGCGUCCAUGCACACUUUUUUUGCGACGUUGCCUUAUUCCAAUUGCAACGGUUACCAGGAGAAACAUGGAGUCAGUAAGCAACAGAGAAAUCAUAAAACAAAAUAAGUCGAUUUUGGAAAAAGUUAUGAUAAAAGAUUCCCAGACUACAGUGGAAAAAGUGAAAGAAAAGGCAACCAAUGCGUAUCUCUACAUGGCAUAUGUAGUGUCAAUGAUUAUGAUGGGAGGUAUGGCAUAUUUAUUGUAUGAGGAAAUGCUCGCACCUGGGGCACCGCAAACAGUGUUUUCAAAGGCAUUAUCCUUAAUCAAAAAAGAUCCUGACUGUCUUAGACUACUGGGUGAUUCAAUUAUGGGAUAUGUGAAAGGACGUGGACGAAUGAAACAAGUUGCAUAUCACAUCUAUAAAAAAGAUGGAAAUGAUAGAACACGUGUGGUGUUUAAUGUGAAGGGCACUCGACGUGAAGGUAUCGCAACCUGUGAAAUGGAAAGGAGUAACGGGACCUGGGAGUGGCGUUUUCUUAUCGUUUCAUGUGCUGAUCUUGUUUCUGAGUCUGUUAUUCUAAUAGAUAAUCGCUGA